UUCCAGCGUGGAACGUACGCUGCUCGACCGUCCCGCGGUCAAUACUCACUGAGAUCGAUUCAACAGGUUGCCGGCGCCCGAAACCAACGCUCCCAGCUGUUUUUUCACCCGGCAUCCAGUCGGCGGCGGCACAAGUGCAUCAAGGGGGCGUGCUCCGCUCAAGUCAACCCUAUCCCUGGAAUAAGUGACGAUCGCAGACGCGCCGCUGCAUUCAGUUCACUCGACGUGGUCAUUGGGAUGUUCGUAAGUGCCUCCAUAUGGAAAUCUGCUCAGAUCCCAAAGUAAAUGUUUGAUAAAAUAAUCAAGUGGCUUGUGUGACAACUAAAUCAGAGUGCAUCCGAGAGGAUAUCGCGCGACCGGCUACGAUCCAACGGGAAUCAUCCUCGCCUUUUUGAAUUCAAAGUUGGAAAGCAUCAAGUGUGUUUUACCGUUGCCAUGGAGACUUUCGCGGUGGACAAAUCCUUCUACGAUAUCGACUCGGCUGAUGAAUUGAAGGAGUUAUGGGAGGCAGACUUAGAUCCGGCAAUGCAAGAGGUUCUCAAGAUGCAGUCGGGGGACAUGACCAUCGAGUGGACCUACAUGGACUCCAAGGACCUACCUGCUGUCGUCCUGCACGACAGACUCAUGACAGACGCCGCUUUGGGCACUAGACCCAUCAAGACGGAGCACUCGUACAGCCUGGCUUCUGACGGAGAUUCACUGCCAAAUUCGCCGAUUUCACAUCAUAAAGUUGACGACAUGGAAGACGAAUGUUUCCCAGCCAUCUCGAUGAACACAUCUUGCGUCAGAUUACAGCACGAACCCGUCACGAUAAAAGAUGAGCCCACCAGCGAGACAGACAGCCCGCAUUCGUCCUGCCCCUCAUCGCCACAGUCCAUAUACGUCAACGCCAGCGACUUACCCCUGGACGUAGAGAUGUCACCACCGCACACGUCGAUCCUGAAAUCUGCCAACAUAAUGCUCACGUCCCCGCACACAAUCAUACCAUCCAGAUUACAGAUGCCGACACAAAAAUUGAACAUCAAAAUCGAGAACGGCAGCACCUUCCACCUACCUCCCACACCUCCGUCUUGUAGCAGCAGCGAAGACAGCGAGGACAACGCCACCAUCUCGCAGCCGUCCUCACCCGCCGCCAGGAAAACUGCCGCCAGGAUGGUUUUGAACCACCACACUUCAACUAGGCAGCCCAUCAACACGCCUCUGAUUAGUAGUCAGCCGAAGGGAUCUACCGGCACCCUUGUGCUGACGGAGGAAGAGAAAAGAACUCUAAUCGCCGAAGGUUACCCAGUCCCCACCCGCCUACCACUUACAAAAGCCGAGGAGAAGUCCUUGAAGAAAAUCCGGAGGAAAAUUAAGAACAAGAUCUCGGCGCAGGAGAGCAGGAGGAAAAAGAAGGAGUACAUGGACCAGCUGGAGAGGAAGGUGGAAAUCCUCGUUUCGGAGAACAACGAUUACCGGCAGAAAAUCGAGAGCUUGGAGGACUCAAACUCCAGCCUCUUGAGCCAGCUGCAGAAACUGCAAGCGAUCGUGGCGAGAACGCACCCGCAGAUCAUCAAACAACUGAAGCAGAACAACUAAGCUUCAAGCCUUAAGACGUAACGUUGCUGACCUUUAGAAGAAGUCUCCAAACGAGUGAAUGUUCGAUAUGACACGGUUUGAAAAGUACAAAAAAGAGAUUUAUUUAAGUAAAAUUAUAUUUUUAACAAUUCUGCUGGAAUAAACGAGUCGUCUUCCAAAACUUUGAAUGCAUUCCAAGGAAAAUCAUAAAGUUAAACCAAAGUUACGAAUUAUUACGGAGCUCAAGCAUAUUUUUGUAUAGGGUAUAUAUUUAAAAGUGAAAGAGUUGAGCUUUUUUUUAACGUGUACUUAAUUAUUUUUGUAAAUAGGAUUAAUCAGGUUUGUGUGCCUUAAAUAAACACGCUAGGCUUAGUUCUCUAGUUGAUUUUAAGCACUUGUAUGUAUAUUCGUGACUAAAAGCUGACACCGGGACCACAACAUUAGCUUGGAUCACCGAUUUACAUCAAUCUUAUUUUAUCGAUUACUUAAAUUCGCUGCCUAAACACUACAGACUGACGUUUUUACUUUUUUUUUUUUUAAUUAUAAUUUCGAAAGUUUCGGAUAGGUAUAGAGAAAUUUUAUAAAAAAUAUAUUUAAAAAAAGAACGUGCAAUUGAUAAAUAAAAAAACUUUUAUUAUUAUAUUUUAUUUUAACGUACGAUUUUAAUCGAAUCCACUGGGAGGAAAAUAUGUUAGCCGCAUUUAUAUUGUAUAUAUGUGUUAUUUUAUUCAGAGUUUAAAUAUUUUUAUUAUUAUAUUGUUAUACAAUUGAAGACGUAUUAGGGAAUGUCCGUAAAAUGUUUUUUCAAACAUUCAGCUUUGAGGUUACAAUUAUAGUGUAGUCGUUUCAAGUUGGUUCGCGCGCAGGUUUAACAAAAUUAAAAAAAUAUAUUCACAAAACAAAUAAAAAAGGAUUGUAAAUAUCCUCAUUUAUACCUGGUGGCUCAUUUUAAUCGACGCACCCGAAUAUCUCUGUUUCUAAGCCGAAUAAAAAAAAAUGUUCAGACAAAGGUUAUUCAGGACAAACUUUGACCUUGGUGUCAAUUUUCAAGGUCAUUUGAAGGUCGAAGGUAUUUUUUUAAAUGGGAAACCCUAUUUUUGACGCCGGACUCGGAAAGAGCGGGAAAUUUUACGUCUAAAAUGGUAGUUUAACAAUUUUUAGAGUGACCUUGAAAAUCAAAAUCAAACCAAGGUCAAAUAUUAUAAAUUCGUCCAAAAGCUGUUUUUUCGAAUUCUUGGUGGUUUAGUAGGCUUAGGGGCCAAUGACUGACCAUUUUGACCUUAAUGUCAAACAUAAAAGUCAUUUAGAAGCAGUUUUAUUAAAUAAAAAAUUUCACGUCUGUUCUUAAUAUUACUUUUAGCGUUACCCAGAAACAACGACGUGGACGUAAUAAGAUCUGUUUCCUUAGGGGUGCUUGUCCAAGAAUUCGAAAAAAACAGCUUUUGGACGAAUUUUCAAUAUUUGACCUUUUCAAGGUCACUCUAAAAAUUGUUAAACUACCAUUCUGGACGUAAAAUUUCCCACUCCUUCCGAAUCCGCCGUCAAAAAUAGGGUUUCCCAUUGACCUUCAGAUGACCUUGAAAAUUGACACCAAGGUCAAAGUUAUUAUUGCAGUUAGGUGACCCCCUUUGUCCUGAAUAACUUUUGUCUGAAUAUUUUUUUUUUAUUCGGCUUAGCAAUGGAGAUAUCCGGAUGCGUCGAUUAAAAUGAGCCACCCGGUAUAUUCGCACUUAUACAGUCAAACUUAUGAACGAAAACAAUAGAUGGCGUUUCUUAAAAAAAAUCCCUGUCGCACUUUAGCCACACUUUAAUAACCAGAUUAUCAGUUUAUGGAUAAUACCAAUAAUCGGUCGAUUACCUUACUUGUUGUUCUUGGGCUAGGCUGAGUGGGGGCGGACCCGUUAACAGAACCCCCAGGCCUGCACUGACAUCGUUCCAGUUCUUGUUGGUUGCAAUGUUGCUCAAUCGAAACCGCUUCUCAGACAAUGGAAGGUCUCUGAGAUGUUUCAUGGUGGCAUUCAGUAAUGGGUCGCAUCGAAUACUACCAAGCAUUGGAGUAUGUCUGUAUCAUAUAUAUGCCUGACACUCACAGAACAUUAUAAUUAAGAGGGCUCUAUAGCAAAUAGGCAACCAACAAUACAUUUUUAUAGUUUGUCUAAAUAUGAAUUAAUGCACAAGU